GCACACAUUACUGCCCGGCUGUUGCAACCAUCCGGUCUCUCUUUUUUGUAAGGGAGCUCUCCGCAUAUCACUUCCACUGAAAGGUGACGACAAGUCCCCUGGACUGGGAUAGAAUUAGGCCAAAGGUUGGCCUGCCAAGAUGUUUCGUAAACUGGCUUGGAAGAAAACAAUGAGGCAGUACAAACUGACAAGCCUCAUUUCCAAGCACUCAUUAAUUGAGCUGGUUAAAGGAUAAACUCUUGGAGGGGGGUGCCAUUUCUGGGGACAUGGUCCAUUCUUGGCCAGGAACCAGGAGCCACGUUUUCAAAGGAUGACGUUACAGGGCAAGCCUCUUUUGCCCCAGAUAGUGGGAUGGACCACAACCAAGGAAAAGUAUUUAAGGAAGGAAGAUGCUUCCUGGAAAACCAGAGACUUCACAAAGAUCUUGCAGUCAGCAACACUUUACUACCUGAAAGGACCAGCCAAAUCCUGUCCAAGCUAAAUACAAGAACCUGCUGCAAAAAACUGGCUAUCCUCAUCACGUGGCGUAUAGCCAGGACCUCUUCCUUUUCACCUGCCAAUAAGCAGCAAUGCCGUCCCAGCAGCAGAAACCGAGAAACAUCCCCUCAAAGGUCGUCCAGGGUGACCUGAAGUGUCUGGCACCAGAUGUGAGGGAUUUCAUUGAAAGCAAUGCCAAGCUGUGCCAACCAGAGGCCAUCCACAUCUGUGAUGGCUCGGAGAAUGAGAACAAGAAGAUCCUGGAGCUGAUGGAAGAACAGGGCAUGAUUAAAAAGCUGGGGAAAUACGAGAACUGCUGGUUGGCUUGCACAGAUCCAAGGGAUGUGGCAAGAAUUGAAAGCAAAACGGUCAUUGUCACUCAGGAGCGGCGAGAUACCAUCCCAGUCCCCAGAAGUGGAGUAAGCCAGCUGGGACGCUGGAUGUCAGAAGAAGACUUUGAGAAAGCCUUUAGUGUCAGAUUCCCUGGAUGCAUGGCAGGGCGCACCAUGUAUGUUAUCCCAUUCAGCAUGGGACCCAUUGGUUCUCCUUUGUCCAAGUUUGGGAUUGAAUUGACAGAUUCUCCUUAUGUGGUGGCCAGCAUGAGAAUCAUGACACGGAUGGGAACAUCAGUCCUAGAAGCUCUUGGCAACGGGGAAUUUGUGAAAUGCCUUCAUUCAGUCGGGUGCCCUUUGCCUUUAAAAAGAGCUCUGGUGUGCAACUGGCCAUGUAAUCCAGAUUUGACUCUGAUCGCUCACAUCCCGGAUCACAGAGAGAUCAUUUCUUUUGGAAGCGGUUACGGAGGAAAUUCCCUGCUGGGAAAGAAGUGCUUUGCUCUCAGGAUUGCUAGUCGGAUUGCCAAGGAAGAGGGCUGGCUUGCUGAGCACAUGCUGAUCUUGGGCAUCACCAACCCAGAGGGCAAAAAGAAAUACUUUGCUGCAGCCUUCCCCAGUGCAUGCGGAAAAACCAACUUGGCCAUGAUGAAACCAACUCUGCCAGGAUGGAAAAUUGAGUGUGUUGGAGACGAUAUUGCUUGGAUGAAAUUUGAUGACCAAGGUAAUUUAAGAGCAAUCAAUCCAGAGAAUGGCUUUUUUGGAGUUGCUCCUGGAACAUCAGUGAAAACCAACCCCAAUGCGAUAAAGACCAUUCAGAAGAACACCAUCUUCACCAAUGUGGGGCUAACCAGUGAUGGAGAUGUCUAUUGGGAAGGCAUUGAUAAAGAACUUGACCCAGGAGUGACAAUCACGUCAUGGAAAAACAAAGAAUGGACAGCCAAGAAUGAGGAACCCUGUGCACACCCCAAUUCCCGGUUCUGCACUCCGGCCAGCCAAUGUCCCAUUAUUGAUCCUGCCUGGGAGGCUCCGGAAGGAGUGCCAAUUGAAGGGAUCAUAUUUGGAGGGCGGAGACCUGAAGGCGUGCCUCUGGUCUAUGAGGCUUUCAACUGGCAGCACGGAGUAUUCAUAGGUGCAACGAUGAGAUCAGAAGCAACAGCAGCUGCAGAGCAUAAAUGCAAGAUCAUCAUGCACGAUCCUUUUGCCAUGCGACCCUUCUUUGGUUACAACUUUGGCCAGUACCUCUCCCACUGGCUCAGCAUGGCCCAUCGGCCUGGGGCAAAACUGCCAAAGAUCUUCCAUGUCAAUUGGUUCCGAAAGGAUAAGCAAGGGAGAUUCCUAUGGCCAGGAUACGGUGAGAAUUGCCGCGUGCUGGAAUGGAUGUUCAACCGAAUCCAAGGAGAGGAUUGUGCACAACCCACAGCCAUUGGCUACAUUCCCAGUGACACAGGCGUGAACUUGAAGGGCCUGGAAGGUGUCGACAUGCAAGAACUGUGUGAUGUUUCCAAGGAUUUCUGGGAAAAGGAGGUGGAAGAAAUCAAGAAAUACUUUGAAGAACAAGUGAAUGCCGACCUCCCCUAUGAGAUGGAAAGAGAGCUUCUUGCACUGGAGCAGAAAAUAAAGCAGUUAUAAAAAGCAGCUAGAGCAGAAUAUUUAGAUGAUUCUGUACCAAGAGGGAAGGGGUAAAUAGAUAAAUGUCUUUCCCAAGCUUCACCUUUGGACUGAAAGCACAAAAUUGCUGAAAUUGGCCAGGACUGUCACAUCUAAGGCUAACUGCAUACCCCUCCAACCUUUCACAGAUAAAAACUGGGAUAUAUGUGGCCAGAAUGUGAUUAAGAUAGUAAACGUUACUGAUAAAGAAGAAGACUCAAGCUAGGACAAGCAGCAGCAGCAACGUGCUUUUGCCUGAGCUUACUGGGAAAGGCAUAAUUCUGCCCUUCCUCUCCUCUCCAGCCUGCUAUGUAAUUGAGAGCAAACUACUUUGGUUCUUUGAACCUUGUUUGCAGUAAAGUAGGUUAAGCCACAGUGGGUUAAACUGCUAAACUGCUGAAUUUGCUGACCAAAAGGUCAGCGGUAUGAAUCCAGGGAGCGGAGUGAGCUCCCACUGUCAGCUCCAGCUUCUGCCAACCUAGCAGUUCGAAAACUUGUCAAUGUGAGUAGAUCAAUAGGUACCGUUCUGCUAAUGAUGCUCCAUGCAAUCAUGCUGGCCACAUGACCUUGGAUUGUCUGCGCACAACUCCGGCUCUUCGGCUUAGAAAUGGAGAUGAACGCUAACCCCAGAGUGUGACAAGACUAGACUUAAAUGGAGAUUAUGGGAGGGGAAAACAGAAACUGACAUUUUUAAAGCAGGCAAAAAAGUGGGCCAGCUGAACAUAAAUCAGGGACAUCCCUGUCAGUUCAGGACAGUUGAAGGGCAUAGAAUCAUAGAAUCAUAGAAUCAUAGAAUAGUAGAGUUGGAAGAGACCACAUGGGCCAUCUAGUCCAACCCCCUGCUAAGAAGCAGGAAAUCGCAUUCAAAUGUGAUUAAUAGUUCAGUUUUUCAGUUAUCGUUUAUCAAGGUGAAGCAGUUGACAUCAAAUAUUCUUUCUUGAUACGUUUAUGUCCACAAAUUAAACAUUGCACACAUCGAGAAGAAAGGUUUCUCAUAAUAGCUGAAGUUCUGUAAUAUAAAGUAAGAUCCCUGUAUCCGCAGAACCCAUUUAUGGGACUUCAUUUACACAUGCCCAGGGAAAAUGUUUUUUCCAGAAAUUUGCUAAAUCUUCUAAGGCUGUUACACUGCCCUAUAUCUCAGGAUGUGAUCCCAGAUGAUCUGCUUAUCCCAGAUUAGCUGGCAGUGUAGAUCCAGGGCCCUUCCACACAGUCAUAGAAACCAGAAUAUCAAGGCAGAUUAUCUACAAUAUCUGCUUUGAACUGGAUUACGAGUGCACACUGCCAUAUAAUCCAGUUCAAUGUGGUUUUUAUACAGCUGUGUGGAAGGGGCCUCAUAUAAUCCAGUUCAAAACUGAUAACCUGGGUUCAGAUCCUGGGAUAUAGGGCAGUGUAGAUCCUGCCUAAAUGCUUCUAUGGUAUGCUUCUUUCUGAAGGUACAAUACAGUCAUUUUGGAGGACCUAGAAAAUUCACUAGGUCAUGGCUAAAUAUAGAUCAUCAGCAUGAGCAGUCUGAGGCCCCUUCUACACAGCCAUAUAAUCCAGAUUAUCAAAUCAGAUAAUCCACAUUAUCUGCUUUGAACUAGAUUAUAUAAGUCUACACUGCCAUAUAAUCCAGUUCAAAGCAGAUAAUAUGGAUUUUAUAUGGCAGUGUAGAAGGGCCCUAAUACUGAGGAACCCACCUCUGCAGGGCAGGAGCAGCAGCUCCAAGAAGAUAGGGAUACGGAACCAGGGCAGGAUCAGGGGCUUCAGAAAGCAAACCAGGAACUAAGUAUUCCAGCCAGGCUGCAAUUAAGAACUGAUACCAUUCAACGGAGGCCCCUUCAAAGCUGAAUAUAAUCCCACAUUAUCUGCUUUGAACUGGAAUAUAUGGCAGUGUGGACUCAGAUAACCCAGUUCAAAGCAGAUAUUGUGGGAUUUUUUUACCUUGAUAUUCUGGGUUAUAUAGCUGUGUGGAAGGGCCCUGGGGAGAUCCAAUUGGUUAGUUGAAAGGAGGGCCAACAGGUAGGAUCACUUGGGAAAGUGGCAUAAGUAGAUGGUGCUGGAAGCAACGUCAGUAAAAUUAUUCCAGCCUGAAUAUCUCCUGGUGAACCUUGACUUUGCUGUGUGGAAUAUGUUUUGGCUUGCAGCCUUGGUAUUGAUGAGAUUACUUGGCUUUGAACAUUUUGAAAAGGACUUUGGACUACUCUUGUGUCUCACUCUUAUUUUGGCUUACUGCUGUGGAUGACCUCGGACUGCUUUGGACUAUGAUAUAGUGUGUGGCUGUUUAACAGUAAUUUGCUGGACAAGACUAUCUUAAUAACAUAGAGCACAUGUCAAAUGCAAUGCCCACGGACAGAAUCCAGCCCACUAUGUCAUUUUAUGUGGCCCUCCAGAUGCCAGAGUACAACUCAUGUAUUCUUCAACAUUACGCAUCAUGACUAGAGCUGGUGGGAGUUGUGAUACCGUAACAUUUGGAUAGCUGAAGUGUGUUCUGUUUAGUCAGGAGAGGGGUUUGAAUUUAAAUGCAAGGCUUGUAGAUAUGAUGCCUGACUUUAAAAUGUCCUUUGACCUUUCCUCAGGCUCAGAGUCACAAGUGUUGUUGGGUUGCAAUACCCAUUAUUCCUAGUCCACAGAGCAUAUAAUCAAAAGUGCUGGGAGUUCAAUAACAUUGAGGGACCUAACUUGGAUAAAAACUAAAAAGGACUAUGAUUAUAUAUAUAUAUCCUCUGUAUCCAGGGAUUCUCCAUCCAUGGGUGGCUCUCAAUGAAAAGGAGUUUGACACCCCUGCCAUAGAGGCACUGGCCAAGUUCUGUUAUGAGUUGCAAUAGAAUAGACCCAUUCCCAAUUAAUUGCUAAAUGUUGUCAACCAUUUUGCAAAUCUUAUUCAUAUAAUGGGUUUAUUCUACUAGCAAUUAGCAAUCUGAUUUAGUCCAGACUCUUAAUAUUCCUGCAGCAAUGGUUUAGGGAUUAGCAAAGGAAGCUCAUAGCUGUAAACCUUUAGAAAUGGGAAAUACUACUGUACUAUUUUACUGCUAGUUGCAACAUAUUUGUAUGCAAAGAGUGGCUUUCUAUAUCUUUAUAUUUUGUACAUACUGUGAUUCUCUGGUAUACGGAAGGUUCGUGUUAAAACCCAAGGUGAUAAAAUAAUUUUUAUAUUUAA